AUGGCCCUGGCUCGUUCCGCCCAAGCCAACUCCAUGUGGUGCCUUAAAGCCAUGAGAAACCUCUGGGAAAGCCAGGAUGGAGCUCUGUGGGAGCGCCUUGGCCGGGUUCCUGAACAUCGUCGGCAAUUUUACGCCAACUGUGUUAAGAGACUCGAGAUCCCCUCGCUCGCCGCACGCUCCCUGGCACAAAUGAAACUAAUCGUCCAGGGCGUGACAUUCAAUCGCCUCCGACAUGUAUCAAUUCACCUAAGGGGUUACCAACGCAAUAUUGCUUUCCCCAAGAUUGACGCGCCGAACGUCCACGUCAUUCACAUUCAUGGCGUCAAAAAUUACCGCAUGUCAGACAAAUCCGUUUCGCCCGGCGCACACGAGUCUAUGAAACCCUAUUACGAAUCCUGA